CCAAGCGACUUCUCUUCCUGAGCUCCCCUUGCUUUUCUGGUGUGUCGUUCUUGUCCCCGGCCUCCACCCAUUUGCAGCGACUUCCCAGGGGUUCAAAUGAGCGACAGUACUCAGGUCUCCAGCAGAUAGAAAAGUUCAGAAAACAUUUAAGGAUGGCACAAAGGACCGAGUCAUUGAGGAAGAUGCAGCCAUACGGGGGUGUUUGCUUUUCUUUGGACCUAUUGUUUGGAGUCGCCGAUGGAGCGCCUACCGCGGCCUCUCUUCCUGGGGUCGCAGGACAGCGGCUCUGUCCCCACAGUGCGCCUGCUCUGGAAGCCCGCGUUCUAGAACGUCGGCGCCGGGCAGGGCGAGGGCGGGCCUCUCGGAAGACUCCGGUUGCCCCACCAGGCUGAGGCCGCCAGGGCGGGGUUCCAGGGCGACCGUGACGUGUCAGGCCGCGCUGAGGAAACAGGAAGCUGCUAAGAUGCUCGGCCCGGGCUCGGAGGACAGGUAAAGGUGCUCUGAUUUGGGGGAGCACAAGCGAACCCAGAGCCUUUCAUACUUCAGAUAGUCUCAUCUACCAGCUGCAUUCUUUAAAGGUACAUGGCUAAGACCUGGACACCAUUUGCACCUUACCCAGGAUUCUACAAUUUUCUCACGGCGAGUUCUUGGUGGAUCUGAUUCUUGGUUGCUGGCAACUUCUGCACAGGAGAAAUGGCGACGAUCAGUCUUGGGUUUGGAAGGCAGAAUUUUCGUCUGUUCAAGAGGAGUUUUUUGCUGUUGAAACUCAUAGCUGUUGUCUUUGCUGUACUUCUAUUUUGUGAAUUUUUAAUCUAUUACUUAGUAAUCUUUCGGUGUAAUUGGCCUGAGUUGAAAACUCCAGCCUAUGAUGGUGAACAAGAGACUCUUGAACCUGUGCUGAAAGCCAUGUUUUUGGCUGAUACCCACUUGCUUGGCGAAGUAAGAGGCCACUGGCUAGACAAAUUACGAAGGGAAUGGCAAAUGGAGAGAGCCUUCCAGACGGCUCUGUGGUGGUUGCAGCCGGAAGUUGUCUUCAUUCUGGGGGAUAUCUUUGACGAAGGGAAGUGGAGCUCCUCCCAGGCCUGGGCGGAUGAUGUGGAGAGAUUUCAGAAAAUGUUCAGACACCCGCGUCACGUGCAGCUGAAGGUCGUUGUUGGUAACCAUGACAUUGGCUUCCACUAUCAGAUGAGCACAUACAGAAUAAAACGAUUUGAGAAAGUUUUCAACCCUGAAAGGCUGUUUUCAUGGAAAGGAAUUAAUUUUGUGAUGGUCAACAGCGUUGCACUGGAAGGGGACGGCUGCAACAUUUGCUCUGAAGCAGAAGCUGAACUCAUUGAAAUUUCUCACAAACUGAAUUGCUCCCGAGAGCAGGAACUUCACUCCAGCCAGUGUGGGGAUGGGCAGCCGCUGCCGAGGUCAGCCCCAGUCCUUCUGCAGCAUUUUCCACUUUACCGGAGAAGCGACGCUAACUGCACUGGGGAGGAUGCGGCACCUCCAGAAGAAAGGGGCACCCUGUUUAAGGAGAGAUAUGACGUGCUUUCUCGGGAGGCCUCACAAAAGCUGCUCUGGUGGCUGCGGCCACGCCUGGUCCUCAGUGGCCACACGCACAGCGCCUGCGAGGUGCUCCACGGGGCAGGAAUCUCUGAGAUCAGCGUGCCGUCUUUCAGUUGGAGGAACAGAAACAACCCCAGUUUCAUCAUGGGCAGCAUGACAUCCACAGAGUAUGCCCUGGGCAAGUGCUACAUUCCCUUCGAGAGCACGGUUCUGAUCACAUAUUGUGGAACAGCCGGGUUCCUUGUGGUCCUCAUAUUAAUUCACUUUGGGUUUCUAGAUUCGCCUUUUAUUUUUGGUUGCCAACUGCUCAGAAAAUUUAAGACAGUGUGAAGAGGAGACUUUCUGCUUUUAGUAGUAAA